UUCUCAAAGCCAAGUUUGAAUUUUAAUAAAUUGAAAAUGGCCUAUUUACAUUUAAAAAGCAGCAUUGUUUGUAUUAUAACAAGGUCACCCUUUGCCUCACUCCUGUUCAAAGGUUUGGCAACCAAGGGUGCAACUUUAAAAUGGACAGCUAAAAACAUAACCAAGACAUGUGGUGUUGUCACUCAAAAAAAAAAAGGUUAAUGUGUAUGUACAUUUCUGUGGAUUUCCAGUCAGCUUUCUUAUUUUGAGUAUUGUUAUUACCUUUUUGCUUGAUAAUGUUUGGAUCUUAUAGGGGGAAGUUUCAUGUUCACUUGUAGGAGUGAAAGCGCUAAUGCAAUGCCAUGUUUUUAGUAAUUCGUAACCCUUUCUGAAAAUAUUCCCUUGGCCCGGGUUGUUCAAAGCUGAGUAAAGAUAACCCAUGGUUAGUGUGAAAUUCCAUUUCAGGUCUGAAUGCAAUCCAAAUCUUUUUGCUUGCAAUUUGAUCAUUAGAUGUUCAAAAGAGAAGAGGGAAAAUUGUUCCUAAAGGGCUUUUGAACAAAGGAGUGGAGAAAUCUGGAUUAAAAUUUAACCCUGGGUUAGCGCUAAUUGGCCUUCGAACAACUAGGCCCUGGAUAAGUACGUAUUCCAUACAUAAAGUAUGUUUUGGACUGCGGGCUCAGUAAAGUAAAGUGGACGAACCGGGCCGUCAGACGCCAUCCUAUAACUCGCUAAAAUGUUGUCACAGAGCCACAAUGCAAUAUCCAUGAUUUUUAGCCCAUUUCCCUAGAGGAAUGAACUUUCGACUAGUCAUUUUUGGCGAUGCUGGUUCACGAACGCUUGAACAACAUUGGAGAACCAGCUGUUAAAAGUUGGCCUUUUCGAAAGAUGGACUCAUCUUUGUUCAGCCGGAUUUCAGACAUUUUACAUCAAGUGGAAAGUGCGAGUUACACGAAGAGAGUAGCUUUAGUAGUUUUCCUUGUUUUUGUAGCAUUUCUAUUUAAUUUAAUAGUUGGGCGUUUUUUAGAGAAAAUACGGCGGUUGGUGAUGAGAAGGAUUCACAUUCCGCCCGACAAUGAGGACGAAACUGUGUUUGGACUGGAUUUAGCCUUUGGACUGGCCAAUCUGACCUGCACGGCGUUACUGGCUUGGGAGCUACGAGGAUAUUGCGUGAAAUAUAAUGAUUUCUCACAAAGAGGUAUUGUGGGAAGAAAUUCUUUUUUGGUCACUAUCAGGACUGAAAGGUUCCUUACUACCGGAUCUUUCGUUUUAUCCGUGGUCACAGCCGAAGAAUGAGCAUCAAUAGUAUAUCUGCAAGUUUCAGAAAGGCAACCCGUUCUACCUUUCAAGACUUCAAAGUAACAAAAUUAUUGCUUGUGGUUGUCUGUGUCUUCGUAGCCUGUUGGACCCCACACAUUAUUGUUAAUCUCA